AUGGCUUGUGCUUGGCUUAGGUUUUUAGUAAGUAGACAUGAGGGUCGGGCCGAGCUUGGCACAAAUUUAAAUCGGGCCGGGUCUGAGAAAAGUUUUAAUCGGGCCGGGCUUGGAAGUUUGGCUCGGCCUAGCUCGUUUUUCAUGUCUAAUGAUAACCGUAGAGUAGGGUAGGGUAAGGUAGGAUAGGGUAUAGUAGGGAGAGUAGGGUAGGGUAGGGUAGUUUUUUUGUUGUUAACUUCAAUUUGAGCUUUUUGAUACCUUUAAAAAGCUCAAAUUAGCCCGCUUAAACCCUGUGAUCUACUCUUUUUGUUGGUGUUUGAUUGAGUUUAUCCAAAGGGAUAAUAUAACAAUGGUAGACCUUAUAGUAAAAGUGUUUUUACUUUCAUUUUCAAGUUUUUACUUAUAGGUAUUGUAGCAUUUUUAGUAUAAAAUUCAAUUUUUAAUCAAAUAUGGGGCACAAAAUUAAGUGAAUGACCUAGUAUUAGGUGCCGACAUAAAAAACCCGCCAUACUUUUUCUGUAAUUUUCUGUAAAAAUGGCGGGUUCUUUAUGUCGGCCUCUAAUAUUUUAAACUUUUCAUCAAAAGAGUGGCAAAAACUAUGUUUACAACUAGAUCAGUGGGAAGUUUCCGUUGUUGCGACGUUGUUGUGAUGUUAUUCAACUUUAUUAACGGAUUAUCUUGCAUAAUAAUGGGCUUUUUUAUUUUUACCAUAUUGUUUUUAAAGCGCAUGAUAGUAGUGCAUUUUGAGUUAUUUCGAAAAAAAAAUUUUUUAAAAAUGGUCUUGUAAAAAAAAUUAGAAGUAUUAUAGCUAGUUAUACCUACUGUUGUUGUGAACAAGGUGAUAAACUUGCAGUUGGUGGCUGAUAGUUUGUCAGAUUGUUACAGUAAGAAUUUUGUAUAAUAUUAUUAAUUUUUUUGAUAGAAAAGGCUGUAAAGAAAGUUCUUGCUAAUUUCAAAAAUUUUUUGAGAGUUUUUUGUGUGAUUUUAAUAAGAAAUGGCAGGUUUUUUGAUCAAAAAGGCACACAGGUUCGAAUCCGCUUGGAUGCAGAUUUCAAAAAAAUGCUGUAAAGAAAGUUUUUGCAAGUUUUUUAAAAAUUAGUUUUAUAGGCUGUAUUUGGAAAUGUCUUGGCUGUUUUGUCACAAAAUUACAAAAAGUUACAGUAAGAACUACAGUAGUUAUGAAUUAAAAAUGACAGCCGGGUUCGAACCCGCUCGGCUUCAAAUGACAAAAGUUAGCUGUAAAGAAUGUUUUUGCACGUUUUCUAGAAGUUUGUAAUAAAAGUUGUACUUUGAAAGAUCUUAGCUGUUUUGUGACAAAAUUUCAAAAAGUUACAGUAAGAAGUACAGCCGUUAUGAAUUAAAAAUUUCAGCCGGGUUUGGAUCCGCUUAUAUGCAGAUUGCAAAAAAAUCCUGCAAAGACAUUCUUACGUAAUUUUCAAAAAUUUGUUUUAAGGAUCUUUUUUGGAAAUGUUAUGGCUAUUUUUUCACAAAAUUUGAAAAAUUUACAGUAAGAACUACAUUAGUUAUAAAUUUUCAAAAUCAAGCUGGUUCGAAUCCGCUCGGCUGGAAACGGAAAAAUAGUGAUGUAAAGAAAGUUAUUGCUUAUUUUUUUGAAAUUUUGUUUUAAGUAUUGUGUUUAAAAAAAUCUUGGCUGUCUUGUCACAAAAUUUUAAAAAGUUACAGUAAGAACUACAAUAGUUAUAAAUUUUCAAAAUCAAGCAGGUUCGAAUCCGCUCGGAUGCAAACGGAAAAAUAGUGAUGUAAAGAAAGUUAUUGCUUAUUUUUUUGAAAUUUUGUUUUACGUAGUGUAUUUGGGUAGGUCUUGGCUAUUUUGUUAAAAAAUUAUAAAAAGUUGCAGUGAGAACUACAGUAUUUAUCAGCAAAAAAAAGUGUACCGGGUUCGAGUUCGCUUGGGUGCAAAAGAUAAAAAUUGGCUGUAAAGAAAGUUUAUGCAUAUUUUCUUUAAUCUUGAUGAGCCAUUUUAUAGCAGAUGUCCUUUUAGCAUAAAAAAAUUUAAUGUAAUUUUAGGCAUGAGCAGCACGACUAUCCCAGAACGUGCACAAUGGGACAGUGGGGUGCAGUUCAUAUUGACUUGUAUUGGUUACGCGGUCGGUUUGGGUAAUAUCUGGCGAUUCCCUUCGUUGGCUUAUGAACAUGGUGGAGGUAAGAGCAGUUUUAUACUUUGUUCAUAUUAAAAAUAGCACUAUUUUUCAGAUAUUAAUAUUUUUUAAAAUUUUUUGAAGAGUUUUUCUUGUUGGAGAAAAGUGUCCUAGUUUGGUCAAAACUGUAACAAUUGACAGUAUGUUGUUGGGAUUAGUAAAAAUGGUGUUUUUGAACAAUAAAACAUCAAAAUUAGAACUAUAAUUUACUAUUUUAAAGCUUUACAAGUAGGUAUGUACACCCAUAUAAUUAAUGGCUUUGGACAAAAUUAUCGUAUUUUACUCAAAAGUGUACCAAUUGGCAAAAGUAAUUUUUAUUUGACAAAAAAUGUUUUACUAUUCCUAAGACGUGCAACUCUUACUUAAAAUUUACUAUUUUUACACUUUAUACAUUAAAUAAUGUAGGUAUAGUCACUUAAAACAAGGUUUGAGAAAAAGUGUUCUAGUUUUGUCAAAAGUGUACCAAUUAGAAAAAAAUGAGUUAUAUGCAACGGACAAAUGUCUUUUGAUUAUUAUAACGUUAAGUUAUUAUUUAAAACUUGCUGGUUUUACACUUAAAAUAUUAAAUAAUGUAGGUAUUGCCGCUUAUAACAAGGUUUUAGAAAAAUUGUCGUAUUUUGCUGAAAAGUGUACUAAUUGACAAAAUAUGACUUUUAUAUGACAAAAAAUGUUUUAAAUUAUGUGACAUCAAGUCAUUAUUUAAAACAUACCGGUUUUACACUUAAAAUAAUGUAGGUAUAGCCAAUUAUAACAAUGUUUUGGGAAAAAGCGUCCUAUUUUACUCAAAAGUGUACCAAUUGAGAAAACAUCGGUUUUUUAAUGAAAAGUAGUCUUUGUUUUACUGUAUUACUUAGAAUUUUUACAAAAUUUAACUGACAUCGAUCUUUCCUGACGUAUUUUACACUAACAUAAAAUAACGGUUUUAAAGAAAGUUCUGCCAUUUUAAAGCUAUAUAACUUACAUCAAAAUAGACUGUAUGGUACAAAAUUAGAGGCAUAUGAUAAAGUAAUAUCUUGAUUAUUGUAUCACUUAAAAAACUUUUGAUUUCGAUAAUAAAAUACUACUUUACAGGCGCAUUUCUAAUCCCCUACCUCUCCUGCUCCUUCCUCGUCGGUUUCCCUUUGCUUUAUCUCGAAAUGAGCCUAGGCCAGUUCUCGCGAAGCGGACCAGCCGUACUAUACGGCCGGAUUCGACCGGUCUAUCAAGGCGUUGGUUGGUGUAUGGCUGGGAUUUCGUUGAUGGUCGCCAUCUACUACAAUGUCAUUGUGGCGUGGACUAUGGUGUACUUGUACAUUUUGGUUACUGGUCGGUCGAAGGAAUGGAGCUCUUGUCGGAAUGAUUUUAACACUAUUUGUGAGUUUGGGGCGUUUUAAAUUGUUAUUUUUUUGAAAUUUUUUUAAAUUUAAAAAAAAAUUGAAAAAUUUUUAGUAUUAUUGGCACCAUUAUGGUACCAGUAGUACUAAACAAAAAAUUUUAUUGCCAAAAAUGUUUUUUAAAUGGUUUUUUUAAACAAAAAAUUAAAAAAUUGUCAUAAUAGUACCAUUUUUGUCAAUAUGGUACCAUUAGUAACAUUUAGUACCAAAAAUAACAAUUUUAAUUUUAAAAACUUUUACAUAACUUUUUUUAAACAAGAAAAUGAAAAAUUUUAAAAAUAUUACCAUUUUUGUCAAUAUGGUACCAUUAGUACCACAUUGUACCAAAAAUAAUUUUUUUUCUAAAAAUCAUGUUUAUGCCAUUUUUAACUAAAAUCAUCAACUUUAAGACCAAUAAAAGCAAAAUUACCCCAAAAUUUUUCAAAACAAAGUAUUUUUGCAAAAACUUUCUUUCUAGACUGUCAAUCCUCGCUAGAAGACCAACGUUGUGCCGACGAAAAUGGAGCCACAAAUGCGACGGAUUGGGCCUUCUACUUCAAUGGAUCUUGUCAUUAUGGCGCUGAAGACGGGGUGAAAGCGUUGAGGGACAAGUUAUACGAAACAGUUCUGCCUGCCGUCAGUCCGGCUGAAGAGUUCUUUGAGUAGGUUUUUAUGCCAUUUUUGAUGUUAGUACAAAAACGUUGUUGAAAAAUGUUUUUUGUACUAAAAUUUGUAUUUUUACUUAAAACUUUUAAAAUUCGAGCGAUUUUUUAAAAUGAUUCUGUAAUUUUAAGCCGCUGCAGGCUGCGAGUGACAUUUUAUACGAUGAAACGUAUAUUAUUUUUUGUAAAUUUUACGAAUGUAAAAAAAUGUUUUUCCAACGGAUGAAGUGACUCGUAUUUUACAAAACAUCUCAAAUUGAAUUUUUUAAAAAAUUCUUUGGGUAUGCAGGCUGCGAAUGACAUGUUAUACGAUGGAACCUGUAUUUUUUAAUAAACUUUACAACUUUAGAAAAAAUGCUUUUGCGACUACUAGAAGGCCUGUAUUUUACAUAAAUGUCAAAGUAAACUUAUUUUAAAAAAAUUCUUUGGAUACGCAGGCUACGAGAGACAUUUUAUACGAUUAAACCUGUUAAUUUUUUAAACAUUUUAAAAAAUGUUUUUAGAAGCAUUACUUGACUAAUUCGUAUUUUACAAUGCUUUUAGAUAUUUUUAUAAUUUUCUGGGUUUGCAGGCUGCGAUGACAUAUUAUCCGUUGAAACAUGGAUAAAUCUCUUUUUUUUAAAUUUUUUGAAAAAACAGUUUUUCAAAGCAUUAAGUGACUACCCCGUAUUUUACAAUAGUUUAAAUUUGCGUACUUUUAUAAAUUUUAGGUUUGCAGCUUGCGAGCGACAUCUUAUACGAUGAAAUGUGCAUUUUUUAUAUUAUAUUAUAUUUGUUUUUGCAAAAAAAACGUUUUUAUUUAUAAAUGUUCGUCUCAGGACGUAUUUUCAUUCUAAAAAUGUGUUUUUUAAAAACAUUCUUAGAUUUUAGCUUACAGUUGACAUUUGAUACGAUGAAACGUGUAUGAAGCAUUACCUAUUUAAAACUUUAAUUUAGGUACCAAAAAUAAAUUUAAAAAAAUUAAAAAUGUGCUUAAAAUGACAUUUUUAAACACAGGUUGUAUAAAAAAUUAAAAAAUUUUUUAUUUCAGAAAGUACGUACUAGAAAAAACGGCAACAAUGGACGAUCUGGGUGGAUUCAACUGGAAGGUCGUGGCUGCACUAGCCUUGGCCUGGAUUAUGACAGCCAUGGUACUACUAAAAGGAGUCAAAAUGAUGGGGAAGAUUGCUCCAUACUCAGCUACCAUACCCUAUAUUAUCAUUGUCAUGCUAUUCAUCAGAGGAGUCACGUUAGACGGAGCUAAGAUUGGUUUGGAUUACUAUAUUCUCAAGCCUAAUAUGACUGUCAUUUACGAUCCGGAGGUAAACACUACCCUACCCUACCCUACCCUACCCUACCCUACCCUACCCUACCCUACCCUACUUUACCCUACCCUACCCUACCCUGCUGUACCCUACCCUACCCUACCCUACCCUACCCUACCCUACCCUACCCUACCCUACCCUACCCCCCUACCCUACCUUACCCUACCCUAUCUAUCCGCCCUAUACUACUCUACCCCAUUUACUUUGCUCUACCCUGCUGUACCUGCUCUACUUUGCUCUGCUUUACCGUAUCUUACUGUACUCUGUUUAACCCUACCCUACCGUAUCUUCCCUUACUCCGGCCUGCAUUACACUACGUUGUAACUUGCUCUACAGUAUCUUUCUUUGCAGACCUGGCGAGCAGCAGCCACCCAUGUCUGCUAUUCGCUAGCCAUAGCCUUUGGUGGGCUGAUGUCCUUGAGCAGUUUCAAUCCGAUCAAGCACAAUUGUUUCAAGGAUGCCCUUAUCAUUACUGUAGCCGAUGCCAUCAUGUCAAUGUUCGGCGGAACGGCGGUUUUCAGCGUUCUCGGCUUCAUGUCUAAGCAACUGGAUGCACCAAUUGAAACAGUGGUACAAAGUGGUACCGGGCUGGCGUUUAUCGCUUAUCCUGAGGCGAUGAGUCGAAUGCCAUUACCAUGGUUGUGGAGUGCGUUGUUCUUCAUUAUGUUGUUCAUCUUGGGCAUUACCAGUCAAUUUGGCUUGGCCGAAGUCAUGAUUACUGCUAUAUAUGACCAGUUUCCUAAAAUACGAGUCUAUAAGGCAUGGAUUGCGGUUGGAGUUUGUACUACAUUGUUCUUUGCUGGACUGUGCAUGUGUACUAGGGUAAGUUGGGUUAUAGUAACAUGUGGAGAAGUCCUGGUCUUGGUCCUGGUCUUGGUCCUGGUCUUGGUCCUGGUCCUGGUCCUGGUCCUGGUCCUGGUCCUGGUCCUGGUCCCGGUCCUGGUCCUGGUCCUGGUUCUGGAGUUGGUCUUGGGCCUGGUCUAGGUCCUGGUUCUGGUGCUGGCCCUCGGCCUUAGCCCUUGUCACUAGCCCUAGCCUUUUAGCUUAGACGUUUAGCCUCGCUUUUUAGCCCAGCUUUUUAGCAAAGCUUUUUAGCUUAGCCCAGAGCCCUAUCUCUUAGCCUAAUCCUUUAGCCUAGUCUUUUAGCUUAGUCUUUUAGCCUAUUCUUUUAGCUUGGCCUUUUAGCCUAGCCUUUUGGCCUAGCUUUUUAGCCUAGCCCAGAGUCUUAUCGCUGUAGCCUAGUCCUUUAGACUAGCUUUUUAGCCUAGCUCUUUAGACUAGCUCUUUAGCCUAGUCUUUUAGCUCCCUAGUUUCCGUAGCCAUGGCUUUAGCCGUACCCUAUCUUACUCUACUUUGUCCUGUUCUACUCUACCACACCUUAUCUUACUUUUUCCUACUUUGUUCUAUCCUACCUUACUUUGAUACUCAAACAUUACUUUUUUGUUCUUCAAUCCACCUAUAACAAUAUUUCCAACACUUUUUCAUUUGUCUAAAGCAAUAUUUUCAGGCCGGAAUAUUCUUCUUCAACAUCUUCAACGACUACACCGCCUCCUUCUCGAUCAUGUUCCUAGUCCUACUUGAGUUAUACCUAAUCGUCCAUGUCUACGGCCUCAGUAACUACAUGAAGGACAUCCACUAUAUGAUGGGCGAGCCCAAGAACUUUGUUUCCAGAUGGCUCGGCCCAACUGGGAAGUACGUCCAGUUCGUUUGGAAGUACAUUGCACCAAUCGAGAGUGCUGCCAUUUUUGUUGUAGUACUGAUCACUCAAAUUGGUAAUAAGAUGUACUACGGUAAAGGGAAGCGACAGUACGAAUAUCCAACCUGGGCUAUUCUGUUUGGGUGGGGACUGUCAUUGAUACCUUUGAUGUCAUUGCCAUUGUUUGUACUGUACAAUUUGCAGAAGUUUAAACGGCAGGGAAGGGUAAGGCUUGAUUACUUUUUUUGUUUUUUUUUGAUAAUGGGGAAGGGGGACGACAGACAAGUGCAAUAGAUAUUAGGUCGCGUAGGGUAAUGCAAGAUAGGGUAAUGCAAGAUAGGGUAGGGUAGGGUAGGGUAGGGUAGGGUAGGGUAGGGUAGGGUAGGGUAGGGUAGGGUAGGGUAGGGUAGGGUAGGGUAGGGUAGGGAGGGUAGGGUAGAGUGUAUAAUAUCUCAUUUCUGGUCAAUUUUUAGAGUUGGAAAGAGUUAUUUCGUCUCCAACCCAAAUGGACCUCUUAUGAAAGAAAUAUCAAAGAAGAGCAAAAGCGUUUGGCCGAACAAAAUGGUACCAAUGGUACAACUCGUGUCAGUGUGGUACCACUGGGCGAUGAAUUGAAGCCAGAAUCAGCUUGGGUCGAGCCGAAUCUCAGAGAACAAGAAACGGAAGCAGGGACGGAAGAGACGGCAGACACUAAUACUCAACGGAUCGCAACUAUUGAUUUGGAAAAUGGGGCUAAUGGGAAAUAA